AUGCCAUAUAGAAUCAAUACUCUUCAUCUUUAUUCUUACUUCAACCAUCCAAAUCAGUUCAAAUUAUCUCUUGAAGGCGGAGGCUCACUAUUCAAUACCAAUUUCGGUGAAAAUGCUCUAUCUUUUGCUGUUAAAAAGCAAUUUUCAAGCUGUGUGAGCGCAAUAGUGUCCUCUUUUGGAAAACUUUUAAAGGAAAUUCUAAUGCCCUUAAUUUCAUAUCCGACGAUUGCAUUAUUGGGCUUAAUAAGCUUGGCUAUCCUUCUUUAA